CGGAAAGAAAACUAUGUCUAUCACACCUAGUCCGGAACUGCUAACUGAAGCUGCUGGUGUAAAGAUCUUCAUGACACCUUUAUUAGAAGAACAACAUUCAUUGAAUGAAUCAUCAAUCGCGGGAAAAAUUUGCGUAACGUUAGAAAAUGUGAAGGAAAUUAAAUCACACGGCAAAUCUUGCGGAUUUCAUCUUACAAAAUCUAAAUGGGAUCCGUAUCCUUGGGUGAGCUACGUUGAAACCGGAAGUCUUGCUGAUGCAGCUGGCCUUAGAGCUGGCGAUUGUUUAAUAACUAUUGAUGGAAAGGAUUUAAUAGGAUUAAAGAUAAAACAAAUUGCAACUUUAAUUCACUGCCAUCAGGAAUACCAUAUAAAGCUAUUUAUUUGGAGAUAUACUAAUGAAGAAGAAGAACCGAAAGAAGUAGGGCUGGCUGUGAAAGGACCACUACCAAACGUAGCUUGUAAACUUGCGAAUGCAGUGUCCGGAGUUGUGCGAACUUUAGAAUGUCCAGUUUGUUUAGAAAGUUCAAUGCCUCCAGUCUCUCAGUGCGUACACGGUCACAUUAUUUGUGUCGGAUGCAGACCAAAGACAACUCGGUGUCCAGUUUGCAGAGUCAGACUGGGCCAGGGCCGAUGUUUGCUUGCAGAUAAACUACACAAGGUAUUUCGUGAGGUUUUUGACGUUAAAGAUAACUCGUGCAAUAACGCAGGAUGUCAAACUUGGAAUCUCCGAGACGGACUUUUCGGCAAAAGCAAAAAAAAGCAGGCAACGUCGUCAACAUUGAAAACUAACGGUCCAAUUCUGAAAGCGCGACAAUUGUUACUAAAUAAAUUGUUUCUUGGCGGAGCAGAGAAAGCUGCCUCGGCGGAUAAUCUAACAGCGGUUUCUAACGAUACAUCGAGGGUAAACGAAACGCCGAUAAAUAAUUUAAAUUUUGAUGAACGUUUAAACUUAUACGAUCGAGCGAAGUCUGCGAGUACCGGAGAAUUAUCGAAGGAAACUAUUAUUAAUGAUCAUUUGCAAAUUGGCGUAACAAGUAAAACAAUGUCAAGCACUACUAGUCUGAUGUCUAGUGUACCCCUUACACCCGUUUGGGGAGGUUCUAUGGACUCUGUAUCUUGUACCCAAAUAACAUGCCCCCUCUCGAAACAAAGUGGUUGUAAAGAUAUCGUCACAGCCAAUACAGUGUUGGAACAUUUGAGCGGGUUUCACGAAGUACCUCAAGUUCAUUUUUAUUCCGUUCGUGUACAAAUCCCCUGGCCACUUCCCUUUGGUCCAGAAACUGCUUAUAUAUUACAUUGCGGUGGAGAUCUUUUCUUCUUUCAGUGUGAGCAGGAAACUGUUUGGAUUGCUUGCACCACAGGAGGAAAAAAUGGAUGGGAAUGGAAAUUACAUGGUCAAGGAGAAAAUGGUACUGAAAUAAAAAUACAAAGAAGCAUUGCAAGUCUUGAGAGUCCGAUGAUUUUAUCGUCGCAACACAUUGCACCAUUACCAAAUGCUCUGUCAUUGCACACAUUGGAUAUUCAAUUAUUAGAAUGCCGUUCGCACGAACAGUUAAGGUUAUGACCAGGGAUAAAGUACAUUCGAACGAUUUUGUAAUUGAAAUGUGUAUAUCUAAAAUACCGAACAUAUAUAUUUAGUUCUUAGAACAAACAAUGAACAAUCUGAUGUAUUGUACUUUGUGGUGAUCCAAUAUCGACAUUCACUUGUGUGUCGUACUUAUUCGUGCUGUUAAAUAUUAAAUACUUGGGUACACUAUUGUGCAUUAAUAUACUAUUUUGUAUUUGGUAUCUGAUUAGCAAAGAAUAUUUAUAUUCAAAUUCACACCCCAAUAUACGUAUGUGUAUGAGCACAUUAAAAAUUUUUUUUUUUAAUAGUCUAAGCGUGAGCAAGGCAGUUUGAAAAGCAUUUCUCAAAAUUUUUCUUGAUUGCAAUACUUUUCUUCCUUAUAGGUCGGGAAGUAAAAGU